GGUCCUGCUGAAACCCCCCUCAUUCUUUCUUUGUUUGGUUUUUUUUUUCUUUCUUUAAAUAAUGUAGCCGUUAUCUUUUAUUUUGUUUCGUUAAAAUGGAGUGGGGUUGGACGGACUUUAAAAACGGAAAGCAGAAGUGUUGGAGAGCGCGGAGAGAAGAGAGAGUCGGUGGAGAAAGGGAGCUGAUGGGAUUAUGGGGAAGGCAGUUUACCGGAGAGACCGUGUCUUAUAUAAACACUGAUGAAGCACCUAGAACAAAGCGGGGUCGCGUGUGUGUCCUGCUCGCGCUUGAGACGUUACCGCGACCGUUAACGGUUAGUGCGUAACUGAAGAUCUUUUUCAACCUCUAUCGAGCUAAAUACCGCUUAUUUCCCAUUCAACUUUUUUUGCUAAAUCGUUCCACAAGUGUCCCGUGUAGUAGCACAGAUAUCCCGGUGUGUGUGUGUAUGUGUGUGUGGAGCGCGCGAGCCCAGAUUGUAAAACAUUCUACGUAAUUGGUAGGCGAUUAGAGAGGGAGAGAGAGAGAGCGCGCGUGCUAUCUGGUUCGUUAAUGACUUCACAUUUCAUUACGGCGUUUAAAUGCGUUCUGACGUCAUGGCCUGUCCAGAUCCGCCUCCAGUCAUUCCAGCAUGAUGGGGAGGUAGCGUGGGGAUCACCAAAGAUCUGUAGUGUUUAUUGAUGUGUAAACUAUAGAGAUACGGUUCAGCCCGAGUGAGGAUGGACACCGGGAUCCAGAGCUCGUCUGAGCAUUUCGCGCACGAGCCGAGCGCACCCGGUGUGUGUUCGGAGAUGCUGGAAGUAGCUGAAGAGGCAUGCCGGGCCGGAGACUACGAGCUGGCCGUAGAGAUAUAUUCCUCCCAGCUCUCCGAGCUCCAUCAGCCCGAUCGCGGGCUUUGCCUACGCAAAGCAGACGCGUUAGCCCGCGCCGGACGGAUAGCCGAGGCUUUGGACUCGUACUGCGUCGCCGCGGACCUGCACCGACUUCGCGCGGACGAGCUGCGGCUCUUAGUGGAGAGCAUCGCGCGCACGAUCCGGGUCAAGGAGCUGCAGGCCACCUGUUCGGACCCGGACGAGCUCGAGGAUGACCACGAUUUGUUUUCGUGUCGCCUCUGCAACUGUCUGCUCUCCGAGGCCACCACGCUCGUGUGCGGACACUCGUUUUGCAAACGGUGCCUGGAGGACGCCGGAGUCAAGGAGUGCAAGUUGUGCCGCACGAGCGUGAACAGAUCGUGGUGCACGAGCGGCCUCCGGGCGAACGUUGUUCUCAGCGGCCUGCUCGACAAGUGGUUCGAGGCGGAGAGUAAAUCCAGGAGGUGCUGGCUCGAGGGGGAGAGCUUGUGGAAGAAACAAGAGCUACAGGGCGCCCUGGAGAAGUAUAACCAAGCUGUGGAGCUAGCAUCCUCUGUGGCUAGUUUGCUAGCACGGCGAGCUGAAUUGCACAUGGACAUGAAGAACUUUAACCAGGCUAUCCAGGAUGGGGACAGCGUGUGUCGUCUCGUACCAGCAUCAUCAAAGGCCCACUACCUGAGGGCCAAGGCGCUCUGCUGCGCUGGCCGAAGAGAAGAGGCGCUGCAGGAGUAUUUUAUCUGUGUAGCACUCAAACCAGACUGGACAGCUGUAAAAUCGGAGGCACAGAAGAUCUUGAGUGAGAUGUUUUCAUCCAUUUUUCAGAACGAUAGUCUGGUCACACGCCUCCACCCGCUUCAAUCCCCAAACUCAUCCCCUCGCAUAAAACCCUCAUCACUUCUCAGCUCUCUUCACUGUCCUCUAAUGAGAGAUGGAGCCAGAGCCGGCUGCUCCAAAGACCCUGCACUCAGUAGUCAUAAAGCUUGUGACGGUUCGAGUUCCUCGUCCUUAAACCAGCAAGAGAGCAGCAUCGAAGAAUCCAAAAGCCAGGCAGCUGUGCUCUCCUCCCUGCCUGUGUUAAGAGCUCCCGGAGUUAAGAGAAAAUGCUUGGCUGAUGCCAGCGGCUUUGUGCCUCCCAGCAAGCUUUUCAAAGCAGAUCCAUCCAGCUCCUCACAGACUCCCCCUGUCCAGUGCGGUACGAGGACAGUCCCGUCUCAUCUCUUGGACAGUGCGGACAUGGAGUGUUCUCUGUGCAUGAGGUUGUUCUACGAGCCUGUUACCACUCCCUGCGGACACACCUUCUGUCUGAAGUGUCUGGAACGCUGCCUGGAUCACAAUCCCAACUGCCCUCUAUGCAAAGAGAACCUAUCCGAGUAUCUGGCUGCAAGAGGGUACAAAAAGACCUUCUUGAUGGAGGAUGUACUUCAGCGCUACCUGCAUGAGGAGCUGGAAGAGAGGAGAAAAGUGCACGAAGAAGAGAUGAAAGAACUGUCAAACUUAAACCAGGAAGUUCCUAUCUUCGUCUGCACCAUGGCAUUUCCCACAAUCCCUUGUCCGCUGCACGUAUUUGAACCACGCUACAGGCUGAUGAUUCGCAGAGCCAUGGAGACAGGGACCAAGCAGUUUGGCAUGUGUAUUUCUGACGAACUGAAAGGGUUCGCCGAUCAUGGCUGCAUGCUGGAGGUCAGAGACGUGAAGUUCUUCCCCGACGGACGCUCGGUGGUCGAUACGAUUGGCAUGUCUCGCUUCAAAGUGCUCAGCCAUGGCCAGAGAGACGGCUACAACACGGCCAAGAUCGAAUAUCUGGAGGAUAAGAAGGUGGAAGGAGAGGAAUUAGCCGAGCUUCUUAAGCUGCAUGACUCUGUGUAUGAUCAGGCCACUGCCUGGUUCACGUCUCUCAAAGACAACAUGAAAAGCCAGAUUCUGAGCCACUUCGGUCACCUGCCUGCCAAAGACCCUGAACCACAGGGGAGCCCCAGUGGCCCGGCGUGGUGCUGGUGGCUGCUGGCUGUGCUGCCUCUAGAGAACAAAGCUCAGCUCACCAUCCUGGCCAUGACAUCACUAAAAGACCGGCUCAUCGCGAUCCGCAGAGUGCUCAUCUUCGUCACCAGGAAGCGUCCUCGAUGACCUCAGCCUUCCUCGAUUAUCACCGUCCGUCAUCAUCACUGUCACUUCAAGAGCCACAAAGACACAUGUAGCGGGCCACUGAAGCAGCUUCCCGCACCUCUCGUUAUCCGAAACCACUCGUCCAGAGGAACGAAAAGAAAAAUGGGCCGGAUGACAUUGACUCUAGCUGAAGAUAUAUAUAUAAAAAAAAAAACAUUUAAAAUAAAAAACUGAAGGAGGAAGCCCUGUACUGAUAACUGAAUGCUGUGAACUUGCCACUCCUGCUUUGUGCCUCGUAUGUAUGUAAGGCUGACCAAAUGCAUCUUAUGGGCUUCCUGUAUGUUUACCGGUUCAGCGGCCUGAUUGUGGUUCAUCCAUCUAUGUAGUAGUUAAGCCUAUACACAACCUUUUAUUACCUCCUUUAAAAAAACAACAACUAGUUUUGCAAGCCACACAUUGCACAAGUCUUCGUUAUAUUUACCAUCAAACAGCUGGUGUUAGAAACCGAACCAUUUCACAGGAAGUCAUCCCAGACUUUUUUUUAUUUUAUUUUACUUUUAUUUUUAUUUUUACUUUUAUUGCAGUGUGAUACCGAUGUUAAAAGGUAAAAAUGUGCACUGGUUCUGAACAGGAUGAGUUUAAAGUCUUGCCCUGAUUUCAAACAUGUGUUACACAAAAGCUGUGAUGCUACAAACAUACCCCGGUCAGUCAUAAUAUUAUGACCCCCUGCCUAAUAUCGAGUUGGUCCCUCUUUUGACGCAAAUACAGCCAGCGAAGCAUGGACCCCACUAGACCCCUGAAGGUGUGCUGAUCCAAUAGUCACAAUCUGGCUCUUCCCAAGUUGCUCAAAUGCUUAUAAUUUUCUUUCUGCUUCCAACACAUUAACUUCAGGAACAGAAUGUUUAAUUAAUGCCUAAUACAUCCCACCCAUUACCGGGUGCCAUGGUAACGAAAAGAUUUGUAUUCAAUUAACCGGUCAGUGGUCAUAAUGUUAUGGCUGAUCAAUGUUUUUUUUUUCAUUAUUAACUGCUUGAUGUAGUUCCAUGUUUCGAUCAAGCAUAGACUUUAAGAUGUGCUGUACAAUAUCAGGGACGCGAUGCUCACACUGUAUAUAUUAAAAUAGUAGCCGACAGUGUGAAAUCUGCCUGAUUAGUAAGAGGCAGUUAAAUUAUCUGUAUUUUUUUGUUUUUAUUGGCUCUUCCAUUACUUUGCAAAAAAAACAAAAACAAUUAGGCUGCAUACACAUAUGUAGAAUCUGUGUAGCGAAGCCAUUUUCCCCCCUCAGAGUUACAUGUCCUAGCGAAAUGAACAUCAGCCUGAUCAAUUCGUUUUGCAAUCAGAUUUCUCCUGCACAGGCUCAUCAUGAUCAAAACCAAAAACGAGCAUGUACAUGUACGGCAGUGCAAAGUUAGCGUACAGAACAGCUAGGACUGAAUAACUCAGUAGAUACAGUACUCCUCCCACAGAGAUCAGCUGACUGAAGGAAUAACCGUGAGACCUGUGUCAGAAUGCCGUUAGUGACUUUUACCUCAGGUAACGAGACAGAGACUGAUGGUGAUGAUUCGGAGAAUCAAUGUGAUAAUCAGCUUGUACCGUUGUUAAUUUAAAACUCCUCACUCGGGAAUGUUGUUUUGUAAGUAGAUGAAUGUAAAGGUUUGCGGGGCGUCCUUGACCUGAAAUGUGUUUUUCUCUCUUUUUCUGAUGAACUACGUUUUCCCAGGCUGAUGAAAUCUCUAAAAUUCCUACUAGUCACUGUGCAUCCCUGAGCAGUUUACUCAAACAAAUUAUUUUAAAUUUGAUUUCUAAUUGAGUUCGAUGUUUUAUUUAUUUAGAGUGCUUCAUUUCUGUUUACAUUUAGUUUUGUGUGCGUUUAAGGUCAAACACGUUAAUUCAAAACUGCAACCAAAAAAAAAAAGGUUUUGGACUGCAAAAAAUUUGAUUUUCCUUAGAGUGAUCAUUGCAUUAGCACUGUAUAUGUAACAAAAUACUGGUCAAUCAAGUGUGGAAACUAAUAUGAAAAAAAGUAAUGCGCUGUUACUGAGGUCAUUACCCAGCAGGAAGCCUAUCAUCAGAUGAACAUUGUAAUUUAGUUGUAACAACAUUGUUUUUGAAUGUUAGAAUGACUUUAAUGAAAUGCCGUUGAGAACUUGUAUACAAGCUGAAAACGAACACAUUUAUGGUCUCUUAAGUUUUUAACGGGCCAUUGAAAGUCGUCGUGUUAGGAGCAGUCGACACUGUUCCUACAUCAUAAAAAAAAAAAAAUUAAAGACUAAUACCAAUGUCGUCCUAACGUCUGUAAUGAUGCCA